UUAUCGCGUCAUAAGAUGAUUCAAGCUAAAGUUACGUACCGAUUUAAUCGGAUUAACGCCAGUAAAAAGAGCAACAACAUGGUGGACGCAGCGGUUCUGGACAAGUUGGAGUCUGGCUAUGCCAAGUUGGCGGAAUCCGAUAGCAAGUCAUUGUUGAAGAAACACUUGACGAAGGAGGUCUUUGAUCAACUCAAGACCAGGAAGACUUCAUUCGGCUCCACUCUUCUGGAUGUUAUCCAAUCUGGUUUGGAGAACCAUGAUUCCGGCGUCGGUAUCUAUGCGCCCGACGCCGAGGCGUAUACAGUCUUCGCUGAAAUCUUCGAUCCAAUCAUCGAUGAUUAUCACGGCGGCUUUAAGAAGACGGACAAACAUCCGCCCAAGGACUUUGGCGACGUCGAUUCCUUCGGCAAUCUCGCGCUAUGA